AGCGCAGGGUCAAGGGGGGAAGAGGCGGGAAGAGGGCGGGCAGUCCGGCGUCCCGGGGAGGUUUUCUUCUGGGAGCACCUGGAAGGCGGAUGAGAGCGGCGGCGCGGCAACUCAUGAAGGUGUUUGUGACGCGGCGGAUCCCCCCGGAGGGGCAGGCAGUCUUGGCCCAGGCAGGGCUCUCCAGCAUCCAGCAGUGGGAUUCAGAUGAACCUAUCUCACAGUCCGAGUUGUUGGCAGGGGUUGCUGGGAAGGAUGGACUCCUGUGCCUUUUGUCUGACCGGAUAGAUAAAGAGGUUCUGGAUGCGGCAGGGCCGACCCUUAAAGUAAUCAGCACGCUGUCUGUGGGAUAUGACCAUCUAGCAAUCGAUGAAAUUAAAAAACGCGGAAUCCGCGUUGGGUACACGCCAGACAUCUUGACGGAUGCCACUGCCGAGCUCACUGUUGCCUUGCUCCUAGCAACAUCUCGCCGGCUGCCUGAAUCUGUGGAGGAAGUGAAGAAUGGUGGCUGGACGACAUGGAAGCCCCUCUGGAUGUGCGGCUACGGGCUUUCUGGCAGCACAGUUGGGAUUAUUGGCCUUGGAAGAAUAGGGCAGGCUGUAGCACGUCGGCUAAAGCCAUUCAGAGUAAAGAGGUUUUUGUACAGUGGACGUCACCCCAAACCUGAAGCAGCGGCAGAAUUUGCAGCAGAGUUUGUACCACUUGCCAAGCUAGUGGAGGAGUCUGAUUUCGUCAUCGUAUCUUGUUCUCUGACGCCUGAUACCCAGGGCAUGUGCAAUCGGGAUUUCUUUUGCAAGAUGAAGAAGACAGCUUUGUUCAUCAACAUAAGCAGAGGUGCUGUGGUGAAUCAAGACGACCUUUAUGAUGCUUUGGUCAAGGGGCGUAUUGCAGCCGCUGGUCUAGACGUCACAACUCCAGAACCGCUGCCUCCUGCCCAUCCACUCCUUUCUCUAAAGAACUGUGUGAUUUUGCCUCAUAUUGGAAGUGCCACCUAUGCAACCAGGAAUAACAUGUCAGUGCUGGCUGCCAACAAUCUUCUGGCUGGGCUGAAAGGGGAACGCAUGCCUAGUGAACUCCAUCUGUGAGAAGAAAUAUCUGAAUGGUUCCAAGGGUACGCAUUCAAGUGAUGGUAUCCACCAUAACCUUUACUUGGGGCAGCUUACUGCCUCGACCCCAGUGUUUUUCAUUAAAACAUUUCAAAUAACA